UGUCCGAAGCUGCAUUGCUGGCAUCGGUCGCAAGCAGUUUCGUUCACAUUGUGCAACCAAUACAACUGCUUACGCGGUCUUUCAAGCCGGUUGCACGUCUGACAUCUGACUGUUUUAACUAUCUCAGCUGAUCUAACGUUGGUGUCAAGACUGUCGUUGUGCCUGUGGUUGUGUCCACCGUUCUACUGCGUCGCGCGACGAAGGACCCAUCGGUUCAUCCCUGGACGCCUGCGACCAGUCGCUCUACGGCCCAGCGUCACUGGCAUAGGGAGAUCUUGCUGGCAACAUGAUGAACCCCAAGCAAUUUUGGACGUGGUUGACCUAUAAGCGGAGCUCUUCUCCGCCCCCCACCGAGGGCUACAUUCAUGCCAAUCGUCUCCAAAAAGCAGCAGCCUACCUCUCUCUCCCCUGCACUGAGAGUUCCACACGCCCGUGUCACGUCCUAAUUCAACCCUACGCUUGGAACCAGCUCCUGUUCAUGGGCGACAUGGAACUGAGAGAAGUGGUGACCGGAAGUCUCGAGCUCCAUCAGGCGGUGCCACCCAGACGUCUUUGGCACCCUGAUCGAACCCGCUUCUCGCAAGAGAUGGCUUGGCUCCUGAGGGAACAUAGAUGCAUCAAAGCCCUGAGUCUUGUCCAUGACAUAGACCCCGCAUUUAGGGACCUGCUCCACUGUGCCCUGCUUGUCAACCAGGGGCUGAAGAAGCUGGUGCUUGGGGGGUCCGACUACCCACAGAGUGAAUUCGCUGCUGAAACUGUCCUGUCUCUUGUUGGCGCCAUAACGGAACUUGAGGAGCUAGAGCUGAACUGCCGCAUAGAUGACCCUGCCGCGGUACAGCAACUUGGAAAUACCUUACAGAAGAUCUCUACUUUGACAUCCGUCAAGAUGUUGAGGGUCAGUGUGGACCCCGCCAAUGUAGAAUGCAUGCUUCGAGGGUUGAAGUCCAACCCCAACAUAGCCAUUAUCUCUGUUCAAGACUUUUUUCUGAGGCCAGGCACGGCUCUUGCAGAGUUUGCCGCAUUCAGCAGGUACUUAAGGGUGUUGGCUCUGCGAUCCACCACAUCAACUGAUGCGGGAGACCUGGAAAACCUUUUUGAGGCACUGUCGUCUAACCAUCACCUAGAAGAACUGUGCCUCGAGGAUUUUACCCUUGACGGGCGAAUGAUCGAGGCCCUUGCGAAACUGGCAGCGAAACAAGAAACCCUUAAAGGCUUAGAAGUCAAGUGUGACAAAGAUCAUGGAACCAUCUGUGGAGCAUCCUUGGCUAAGCUGGUAGGUCGUGACACUGUCCUCCACGAGAUGGUGCUCCUAGGUGGAAAAAUCGACUGUCUCGUCACUUUUGGAGAGGCUCUUGGUGUAAAUACCACAAUGACAAAGCUCUCCCUCCGUCUGGUCGACGUGAAAGCUGAUGAACUUGAGUUGUUUUUGAAGGCACUUGCAUGCAACAAGUCACUUCAAGUCACUCUCAAAGAUGUUUCUGAAGAGUUGCUGAGCACCUUCGACCAACUUCGCUUAGAAGCAGGGCUCAAAGACAGGGUGACGCUCCAUGCCAAGUUCAAAGAUCCUUUCAUGUUUGCGAGUGCUUUGAAGAAGUGCACAAAGCUGCCUCUGACCAAGUAUGAGCCUUGCAGCACCGGACGAGACUUUCGUCCCGAUGCGCUUUAUGAGCCGGCCAGCUACUAUCAUCUCACACAGCUCGGCAUCAAACUCGAAAUGCAGAUAGAUGACAAGUCCGCGGCUGACCUCGCACUCUUCCUGUCGUCCACAAGAACACUGACCACCGUGGAGCUUUACUUCCCGACCACGGUUGCAUCGACACAUGCCAUUCUGGGUGGACUGUCCAGAAACACGAGCAUCUCGGUGCUUCGAAUCUCGCAUUGGACCUUCAAGGCUGCGGAGGUGAAGGGCCUCUGGUACAUGGUGGGACGCUCCAAGACCUUGAACGAGCUACUUAUAACCGACAUGAAAUGUGCAGGGGUCCCCACACCUACAGUCAUACCGCGGUACCUGUUCGACAACCACUGCUUGAUCAGCGCAAUCAUCUAUGCUAAUUUUGAAGGCAACACUGCUUUGUUUGCAUUGCGGCUGCUGAGGGUGCUGUGGAGGAACCGGCUGUUGCUGCGCAUGGCAGAGCAGUUUGUUAUGGGAGCGCGAGACAAGUGCUAUGCCGAGGCCUUCAAGAAGGUCGUAGGAAGCCCGGCCCUGGUUGCAAGAGUGCAGAGGGCUGCCGGCGAGUCGAGAGAGCAGGCCAUGGAGAGGGUGAUGGAAAGCAAGCAUAUCCCUGUCUGAUGUCUCCUGAUCAAGUUCUGCUGUGGAACCAGCCCUUGUAUAUGGGUGACAUGGAGUUGGAAGAAGCGUGCUUGGAAGACUCAAGCUCCUCCUGGUGAUACUUCCCAGACAUUUGUGUGCAUAGAGUGCACCACAGUGUGCAUCAAGUGAGCCACAAUGUGCAUCGAGUGUGCCACAAUGUGCAUAAAGUGUGCCACAAUGUGCAUCGAGUGUGUUGCAGUAUGCAUCGAGAAUGGUUGUGUCCAGCUGGACCAAAUCGGCAUGGACAAAGUGGCAUUGCAUCCAGAAGUACAUCAAGGUGGCAGACUUGAAGGCUUUGCUGUAAAAGCAGACUGGACUUCAGUCUCCAGUAAAGAGACACCAUCAUCUGCUCCGACAGCCACGACAGCAGCCAGCUCUUACGUUGCGAUGCCACAAGGUGCCUUGUUGUUGCCGCAUUCUAUGGGAUUUUCAUUGUCGUCAUCAAACUUUGCUCUUUGCGUUGCAACAUGUUUGCUUCUCUCGGCACAAACAUAGAACUGCCGGAUUGAUGGGGUCGCAUAUAUAAAAGCAAGGAAUAUGUGUAACAUGGUUUUUUUUGUAAAGGAUGUGCUUGUGACCUUGCAAAACAAGGGGAUCAGUGGAUGAGUGUGGUAGCGCACCACAGCUCGAAGCAGGUGGAGCGAAAGUUUGCACUGCAGAACCUGGGGAUCUUGGGUUCAACCCCUGGCCCCACCUGUUUCGAUCUGGGCAAGCACUGUAUUGGAGUGUGUCGCUGCUGCGUGAUGCAUGUUAAAGACCCCGGACUAGCAUUCAUACUUCACUGGAAAAAUUUCUCAUCCACAGGGAAGACACAAGGUGCCCAUUUAGGCCGACCAACUUCCCACUGCCUAAGCAUGCACAUGACACUGUUCGAAAACAAGGUUCAAUUAGAAUAAUUAUCUAUGGGGGGGAGAUGCAACAAUGUUUUUUGUACUGUCAAAUGCUCAUUAAAUGAGAGGAUGUUUGGUAGAGUGGUAGAACGUAUUACAGGAACGUGCAAAUAUGCUUGCCGACAUAUUCCUGCCUGGUCCAGAGAUCUCUACCACCUUAUUUUGUGGCACUGAUCCACCCCAUCGGACCAUGGAGUUCUUAUGUUGCAUCAGUUGGCUUAAGCAACAUUCUAUUUUUAUUGCCUGUGGAAAUCUGUGAUUUUUUAAAAAUUAUUGCAUUAUUUUUUUCUGUUGCAUAGGGUUUGUUUUAUAUCUUUUAAACGAGAGAUCAUUUAGAGGGGCAGUCACAUGCUUCUUUCAUGGGUGGGCACCUUUUUAGAACGCAGCUCUUAGGCGCCCGUUUCCGGCCUGAGCGGCGUCGCCGUCGCCGCAACCAAGGUCACCUCAAGGUCGUGUGACCCCCCCCCCCCCAGGUCACGUGACCCCCCUCCCCCCGAAGUCACGUGACAUCCCCCCCCCCCCCCCUGAGGUCACGUGACCCCCCGGAGCAUAUUAAAGAGUGAGGGGAGGAGAAGGAGGAGGGGUGUACCCUCCCCUCAGUACCCUUCCCCCUCCUCCUCAAGAGCUGCGCUCCAAUUCGGCGUUACAGGGAGUUGUAAACGGCUUUCACUUUUUCUUUCUUCUUCGUUAUUUUAUAGCAUUCCCCGCAAGAUAUACCAGACUGCUGGCAGAUCUGAAACUGCUAUAUCUGCAAUCUUUCAAAUGUCCCUGUGUUUGUCUACUGCAUUUGGCAGAUUCUGUUGCGUGUGUCUGCUUAAACUUGCUGUAAGGAUAUAUUAGUGAUUUUAUUUUAAUCUCUAGCUUUCUGCAAGGUCUACCAUUGCAUUUGAAAAAGCUUUAGGCUGAUACCUGUAAAUGCUUCUCUCUCAGCAGCCUUCUUUUUGUUUUGUUUAAAGGUGGAGUCACUCGCACACUUGUUAUCUAGGUAUUAUUUCGGUACUGACCAAGAGCUUGUUUAAGAUUGGACUGGUUCUACUCCCUGUGAUAAACUUUUUAAUGCCUUUGAACACUGUCUCUGUUUCACCAACUGUUUCACAAAUUGUGGAACAUUGUGUUCUUGCUACCCCUUGCUGGUGUUCUCAGCAAAACACCGAUAGGAAGUUCCUUCCAGCCGAACAACAGCAGACAUCUUUAUAUUUCCAACACAGAUGAAAUUACGAUGGAAUAACAGCCAGCAUAUGUUCCAAACGUUCCAGUUAAUAUGCAUAAAUAUUGUAUAAUCGCCAUCUUUAAUUUUUACACUUCUUUUUACCUGCCCCAGGGUUACUAUGUCAGUCUAAAAAGGAGCUCCGGCAAAAUAUUUAUUUUCGCCGAUUUGCAAAAUAAAAAGUUAAGUCUGAAUAAAGUUGUUUCUUUUCACAAA